UUUGCAUUUGUAGAUUUAGAGAAAGCUUUUGAUACAGGACCACGUGAAGUUAUUUGGUGGGCUAUGAGAAAAUUAGGUGUGGAUGAGUGGCUAGCUACGAUGGUACAGUCUAUGUACAGCAAUGCUAAAAGUCGUGUCAGGAUUAACGAUUCACUUAGUGAUGAAUUUAGUGAAAAUGUUGGUGUACAUCAGGGUUCUGUACUUAGUCCUUUGUUGUUUGCUCUAGUCUUAGAAGCACUGUCAAUGGAGUUCAGAACAGGUUGUCCAUGGGAGUUAUUGUAUGCAGAUGAUUUGGUUCUCAUAGCAGAGUCGUUGGAAGAAUUAGUUGAAAAGAUUGAGAAGUGGAAGAAAGGACUAGAAGAGAAAGGGCUAAGGGUGAACACAGCAAAGUCUAAAGUCAUGAUUAGUAGCAUUGCAGCCAAGUGUGACCUUGUAGUUGGAAAGUGGCCUUGUGGAGUUUGCAGGAAAGGGGUUGGUAGUAACUCAUUUUUUUGUCAGACUUGCAAGGAUUGGGUACAUAAAAAGUGCAGUAGUAUUGGUGGAAGGUUAAGAGUUGACAUUCAGUUUGUAUGCAAGCGUUGCAAAGGUGAGAUUAUAGAGAAUAAAGUAGUUCCAGCUUUAAUGAUGUACAACAGUGCCUCGUUAGAGAUAGUUGGGCACUUCUGUCACUUAGGUGAUAUGUUGGGCAGUGAAGGGGGUGUUGGAAGAAGUGUUACUUGCAGGAUAGGUUCUGCUUAGAAAAAGUCCAGAGAGUUACUUCCUUUGUUGACUAGCAGAGUCUUGUCAAUUCAGUUAAAAGGUAGGUUGCAUGAGGCUUGUGUAAGAAGUGUUAUGUUGUACGGUAGUGAGACAUGGGCAGUGAAGCAGGAAGAUCUUGACCGUUUAGAAAGGAAUGAUAUGAAAAUGGUUAGGUGGAUGUGUAACGUCAGUCUGAGAGACAGAAAGAGUUCAGAAGAGCUAAGAAGCAGGCUAAGUAUCCUUAGAAUUAAAGAUGUUAUCCAGAUAAGAAGAUUGAAUUAGCUGGGGCACUAUGAAAGAAUGGAGGGGGGGAUUGGGUAAGAAAGUGUAGAGACUUGAUAGUUCCUGGGGCAAAGCCUAGAGGCAGACCGAGAUAGACUUGGUGGGAGAUUAUAAGGACAGACUUGAUACAGAGGAAGUUGAGUUUAGAUCUAACACAGUCUAGCAUGGGUUGGACGGUGUAUAUUAAUGACCCUCUUCCAAUCUGAUCUAGACUGUGUUAGAUCUAAACUCAACUUCCUCUCUAUCAAGUCUGUCCUUAUAACCUCCUGCCAAGUCUUUCUCGGUCUGGCUCUGGGCUUUGCCCCAGGAACUAUCAAGUCUCUACACUUUCUUACCCAAUUAUCCUCCUCCAUUCUUUCCAAGUGCCCCAGCCAAUUCAAUCUUCUUAUCUGGAUAACAUCUUUAAUUCUAUGGAGACUUAGCCUGCUUCUUAGCUCAUCUGAACUCUUUCUGUCUCUCAGACUGGCAUUACACAUCCACCUAACCAUUCUCAUAUCAUUCCUUUCUAAACGGUCAAGAUCUUCAUUCUCUAUAAUCUCACCUUUGCAACGCUUGCAUACAAACUGUAUGUCAGCUCUUAACCUUCCACUGAUACUACUGCACUAAUACUACUGCUUGAUCCACGACGGAACUCUCUUGCCUCCCUUUGUCGUUUACAAAUCGCAAAAUGUUUACGAAGGUUGAUCGGCAAAUGGACCUACCGGUACAAAGUACGAUUGUUCAAAGAGUGGGUGGUUCGACCAACGAACAUUUGAGAAGUGGUUUUCCUCCCUCAUGUUGUCACUAAACAAGGAAAAAAGAUCUUAAUUGGUGACAAUUUAAGUUCCCACUUCAGCGCUGAUGUUAUCCAGGCAUGUGAAGAAAAUAAUGUGGUAUUUGUAAGUCUUGUGCCAAAUGCUACGCAUCUGUUGCAGCCACUCAAUGUAGCUGUAUUUGAACCGGCAAAGCGUUUGUGGCGAACUGUUUUGGAGGAAUGCCGGGAGGAAAGUCGAAGGAAAGGCUCAAUCCCGAAAGAAGUCUUUCCUCCCCUUCUUCGCCGAUGGUUUAAUGGGAUGCAGAAAAAAAGAAAACGUAAUAGCAGGAUUUAGGGGCACUGGAUUAUGACCAUUAAAUCCAGGAGAAGUAUUAAAAAGUCUUCCGCAAGCUCAAAGCGAACGGAGUAUCUCCGAAGCGUUUGGAUAAAGUGUCGCAGAAUUGCUGAAAAAGCAUAUUGGUUGCAACAAAAAUCCCAAAAACGUGGACCCAAGGUUGCACCAGGAAAACCUGUGACAUUGUCCAGUUUGAAACAACUGGUUGCUGGCCCGUCAUGAAAAACUGAUAUAAUGGAUGGCGGCAAGUAUUCAGAAGAAGAGGAAGAGAACGUGUGCAAAAUUUGUCACCAUGUUGAUCCGCAAUCAGACGACGAUAGUUCCGAUGACGAAGAAGUUCAAUGGGAAGGUUGAGAUCAUUGUGAUUCCUGGUAUCACGCAAAGUGUUUAGGGAAAGUUUCUGCUACGUGAUAUUGUAAAUGUGAAAGUAAUAUCUUUAUAAUAUACAAACAUAUAUAUAUAGAAUACAAAAUGCAUAAAUAUUUCGCACAAUAUUUACAACUUUUUUCGUUCGUUCUAUCCUCUUUUUCUUCGACUAUCCUCGCUAUCACCAAUGAAAGAGAUGUCCUGUUGUAUUGGUCCAUCUUUCUUGCUCCUUUAUUUCCGUUUAUACCUUAGAAAACAGGUAAUAUAAUUGACAAAAUCGCCUGCUGCAAAACUAAAUGAUUCAGUUAAUACAUAUUGCGUAAAACAAAAAAUAGAGAACUGGGAACGAAAUGUGCACUCGGCUACCAGCAAAAUAUCACAACUUUCAAUUAAAUAUGGCGCUAUUCAUCAACGGGUUUGUUUAUUCAUGUUUGCAACAAAGAACAACUUUACAAACAGUUCCGUUUUGCUUUGAAAUACAACAGGAAAGUCAUUAUCAAAGUUACCCUCCCUAUCAAAGUUACCCGACUUGACGGUAUAUAAGUUUCCCAAACCUGGGUCCCCGAAUCUGCUUCAAACCCUAAUAUCUCUGCAACCGCUUGUCAAAAAUACAUGAUACUAUUUUUUCUUGAUCAGGGUUUUAAGAUCUAUACGAUGAAGGCAACAGGUAUACAAGUUUAUUUUUGCUGAUAUCAGCAAAAUUUUUAAUACCUUUGAAUGAGCGUUUUAACCUUUGUAUCUGCACUGCUGAUGUCAGCAAAAAAUCUAAAACAACCUAUUUUUCCAUUUCCACAAAAAAUCUUCACCCUAAACAAAUCAUUAAUUUUUUUGCUUACACUCUAAACUUUUUCUUAAUACUAUAACUUCCAAUUCCUAGAAGUAAUUGAACAUUCUCAUGCCAGUAACAUGUCUGAAAUAUUUCAUAUUCAUUUUCAGUCCCCAGCUUAGUUUGUGAGCACCAAAGGCCCAUUUUUAUCACAUGACUUAACAUGUUGUUGUUUUAAUUAAAGAUAGUAUAUAUAAUGAACACAAUAGAUAACAAAAAUGACAGGUUGUUAUUACAGUACACAUAAAAUUUGUAUAACUAAAAAAAGUAAAUUUAUUUUCUUGUAGAUUUUCUUUUUUUCUGACCUCCCCCGCCAGCCAAUCUGUAAAAAAAAUUUAAUUGUGAGGGGCCUGUUAUGAAUUACAAAGGCUGUAACCUUAAUUCAUGGAUAAUUAUUGUGUGCUGUCUGAGGGUAGAAUGAGAAAACAUGGAAAACGAUUAAAAUAAGUCUUAUGUUUAGUGGUAAGGAAAAACAACUUUCUUUGAAUGCUUAAUUUCAUUAUAAAAAAAUAACGCUUUGUUUAUAAAGCCAUAAAUAAUAUUGAUCCUGGAUUAUACAUGUUUAAAAUUUAUUUGGGCAUAAAAAUGCCACAGUUAGCUAUAGGAGGUUUUAAAAACAGGUGUGCAAUACUCAAGUACUCUCAGGUGGUUGAUACAAGGGGAGUCCUAAGAGCUGGGGGGAUCGGAAUUUUUUUAAGAACCAAUAAGCAGGGAUGGUUUAUUAAACGGGCGGGUCAAAAUUUUUACUGAGAGAAGAGAUACAUGUGUCAUAAAAUAUGUGAUACAAAGUAGGUACAAAUGCAGUGCGUACCAAUCAAUAAACGUAGUGCUAGCUUGCGUCAUUGAUGGUAAGUAAAUACCAGGAAACACACAGAAUGUAUGAACGUUCAAAACAAAAAAUAAAUUUAUAAAUUUUUUUUUGAGAAUUAGGAGCUUAUUCAUUGGACAAAAUAGAUAAGCAGGUGGGGGGUCUUAGUAAGGUGUGAGUGAGUGGGAAAAAAUCUGAAAGCCCCCACCUUGUAUUAAGCACACGAGAGUAACCUGUAAUGAAAAUUUGCUUUCUCAAGAAUGUCUUUAUUUUCUGAUCACUUUUGAAUACCGUUUCUUUGUUAUUUUCUCAGACUGUAAAAU